UCCAAGAUGGCGGAUGUUGUGCUUUUAAGGGUAAUUCGUUCUUCUUACGGUAGAACAUGGUCUGGGACUCGACUUCUCAGAACAGCAACAGCUGCUCAUACAGCAGCCCUGAGAAAGUCCAUGAGAAAAUCAAAUGUUACCAAGCUGAGCCUGUGUGCUUCAUGUGUAAAACUCAGAAAGCUGUCUAGUCCAUCAAGUGUUGCCAUACCAAGUCAGGUGGUUACUGCCAAAAGUGCGGAAAUAGAAAAAUCAACAAAAUACCAACCACUUCACGCAAUGCCAUUCUCUGUAACACAAGGAGGAAAAUGUGUUGCCCAUGUGUUACUGAAGUACAAACCCAAAAGAGCUUUAGUGUUUGUGAGGGCAAAAGUCCUUGCUGUGGAGCUUGCAAGAGAAUUAGAGGAAUAUGGUCUGAAAUGCUCAGUACCUACAGCUGAAUAUGAGGCUGAUUCUGACACUGAGUUGGAUGGGGUAACCCCUCAGGAAGCUGCGCACAUGUACAGUUUACAUCCAGUGACCAUAGACAUUGAUGCACAAGACAUAGAGGUGAUGGACAGACAGUCAGUUGGCACAGCAGUUGGGGAACAGCAUUCAGCUGACAUUGAGGAGGUAGACAGAGAACCAAUAGAAAGAGAGGUUGGAGAUACAAUGAAAAUGUCAGAUGAUGAAGGAUCAUCUAUACGUGUGAUGACAGAGGAUGAAGUGCAGUCCAUGGAUGAAUUGCUUCCUGUGGACUUGAUUAUCCUUGUUCAACAGCCCAUGUCAGGGAGAUCGUUCACUCUGUACUGUCUGAAAAAGACACAUGCAAAAGUUAAACCACUUGACGUGGUUCUUCUUUAUGGACAAAAUGAAAUUCCCUUCCUCAGAGAGAUGCAAUCUCAUGUAGAUGUUAAAAAGUUGGCACCGCCAUCAUUUCAAGGAUUGUCUGUGAUGGCUGAGGCGCUACCUUCACUGAGUGAAGAAGAAGACUCCAUGAUGACUCCUGCGAGGCACUUAAUAGAGCCACCACCUCCUUCAUUCACGGCAACCAUUCCGCCAAAGCUCGUACCGUUUAAAGUGUUUAGUCCUCCAGUUCCUGUGCCAGUCAAGAGACCGGAGCGCCAUGGGCUGGACGACCGCGCCCGUAUCUACGUCCGUGGUGGGGGUGGUGGCCAGGGAUCACCUCGCUUUGGUGGAAUGGGAGGGGAUGGUGGGGAUGUGAUUGUCAAGUGUCUUCCUUACGGUGACCUACGCCAUUUUGCUAUUAAAGAAAACCGACGGAUCAUCGCUGAACAUGGCACUUCCUUUAGCAUCGAUGAGAGAGGCCGAAAACAUCGUGGAAUCCGUGGUCGUGACAUAAUAAUCCCUGUUCCGCCUGGAACCACUUUGUCAACAGAUGAAGGCAGGAUUAUCGGAGAACUGGAAGAACCUGGGUCCAGGAUUGUUGUGGCCAAAGGCGGCCGUGGAGGUUGUGCUGUCACAGAAAACUGGGGCGGAGAGAAAGGCGAUAUAAACAUGGUUAGAUUGGAGUUGAGGCUGAAGUCUGACGUAGCCUUGGUUGGAUUUCCAAAUGCAGGCAAGUCCACUCUGCUAACUGCCAUCAGUAAUGCCAACCCAAAAAUUGGAGAUUACGCUUUUACGACAAUGCGUCCAAGCAUCGGAAUGGUGGAAUACACGGAUCAUUCUCAGGUUCGCGUGGCUGACCUUCCCGGAUUAAUAGAAGGAGCAGCAGCUAACAGGGGACUGGGUCACGCUUUUCUGAAGCACACAGAAAAAGCCAAGGCCCUGGCACUAGUUGUUGAUAUCGAUGGCUUCCAUUUCAACGAUAAAUUCCCUGCGAGGACAGCAUUUGAAAACGUGUGCAUUUUACUCAAGGAGCUAUUUUUGUACAAGAGAGAGUUGUUGAAUCGACCAAAGAUGCUUAUUGUGACGAAGCUCGACCGAAAAGGGGCAAUUAGCAGAUUUCAGGCUUUGAAACAGCAGUUGCAGUCUAUUCAAGAACAAGAGACUCUCCUCUCAGUUUUGCAAGAAAUUUCUUCAAACAGCCCAGCCCAUCAUCAAAAUGCAAGCUUAAUCGAAUUAACGGAGGAGUUAGCGAGGACAAAUUUCGAAUCGGUUGUACCGUUUUCCGCUGUGACAUCUUUUGGUUUAGAGGGCGUUCUGAAUAAAAUCAAAGAACUUAUGUAGAUAGGCAUUAGAACAAUUGAAAUUUCAUUACGAUGAGACAAAUAUGUACAGAUGGCAUUUGAAUACCUUAGAUAUCUUAGGGUUGAUGUCUGUGUGAUACCAAUUCAUCGGUCCUCUAAAUUUUACGUUUCUGUAAGAAAACUGAGAAACACAGUUUUAGAUGAAAAUAUAAAACCAGCUUUGAAUACGAAAUAAAUACCACUCAGACUU